AUGCAUUGGUUAAUUCUGCUGCUGCCUCUCUCCAUCACAAUCAGCGCCCUGGAAGUGCGCCUGGAGCAGGAAUUAGAGCUGGAGUUGGAGUUGGAGGAGCAGGAGCAGGAGCAGGAGCCGUUGCGCACUUCAGUGCUGCAGAGCAGCCUCCUGCUGCAGUUCUGUGUGCGCUACCGGCAUAUACCCCGGUUAACCUACUUCACGUGCCGCAGUCCCGAGACCAGCACUAGGAAUGGGAAUGGAGAGGCACUGCGUGCGGCAUUCGCUGCCAAGAAUGCGCAGCUGAUUAAGAGCCUCCACCGGAGCCAGCUCUUUGUGCGGAUUGUGCGACUGGAUGUGCUGCAACAAACGGGCGGCACCGGCACCGGCACUGGCCCCAGGCGCGGUGGUGGCAGGGGGCAGCAGGGUUUUGGUUUCGGUUUCGCUCAGUCACAGAGCCAGGCCCAGAGCCAUGCCGAGUGGCUGGACAGCGUGCUGUCGGUGGAUGCCCUUAGGCAAAUUGUGGCCGUGGAUCUGGCAUGCGGCGCCCAGAGUCGUCGCCUCCUCGAGCUGGCUUCCGCCAAGAGGCUCUACAGCGACAAGUUUCACUGGCUAUUGAUAGAGGAUUUUGGACUGUUCCACAGGCUGGAAGGGGUCCAUCAGGCGGCGGAGCAGCUGCAAGCCCAACAACUGCAAAGGACAAAGGAGGAAGCAGCAGAUUUGCUGCCACCCAUCGAGGACUUUAUGGAGGGCCUGAACCUGUACAUGAACACGGAAUUGACACUGGCCAAGCGAAAGUCUGUGGCAGCCAACUAUACGCUAUAUGAUGUGUGGAACCCCGGCCUCAACUAUGGCGGACAUGUCAAUCGAACGGAAAUUGGCAGCUUCACCCCGUCACAGGGUGUUCGAUUGCAGGCCUGGUAUCGCCGGACAUCGACGGUGCGGCGUCGCAUGAAUAUGCAGCAUGCCCAAGUUCGUUGCAUGGUUGUGGUGACCAACAAGAAUAUGACGGGCACUCUGAUGUACUACCUAACGCACACGGUGUCGGGUCACAUCGAUACGAUGAAUCGCUUCAACUUCAAUCUCCUGAUGGCCGUGCGGGACAUGUUCAACUGGACAUUUGUGCUCUCGCGCACCACCUCGUGGGGCUAUGUGAAGAACGGCCGUUUCGAUGGCAUGAUUGGGGCACUCAUACGCAACGAAACGGACAUUGGCGGAGCGCCGAUAUUCUACUGGCUGGAACGGCACAAAUGGAUCGAUGUGGCCGGUCGCAGCUGGUCGAGUCGGCCGUGCUUCAUCUUCCGCCAUCCGCGCAAUACGCAAAAGGAUCGCAUUGUGUUCCUGCAGCCGUUCACCAACGAUGUCUGGGUCCUGAUCAUGGUCUGUGGCGUGGUGACGGUGUGCAUUCUGUGGCUUCUGACCACCAUUGAGUGGAAGCUGGUGCCACAGGAUGGUGCAGCGUUGAUCAAACCCAAGGGUGGUGCACCACCACGACAUCAUCAUCAGCAGCAGCAGCAGCAAGUCCAGCAGCAGCUGCAGCAGCUGGAACUGGAGGCCAGUGUGCGUCCAGUCAGCGCUUUGUCAGUGGCCGAGUUGGAUGUUGUUUCGGAAAUAUCAAACAAAGAAGAACACGCCACCAUUGAUCCGUCAACACUGUGGCAGCGCUGCUACCUUAAGCUCAAUAAUUAUCUGAAAGAACGCAAAGCCAAGCGGCAGGCACCGGAACGCGUGGGUCUGUUCUUGGAGUCGGUGCUGUUCUUUGUGGGCAUCAUCUGCCAGCAGGGAUUGGGCUUCUCCACGAGCUUUGUGUCGGGCCGCUGCAUUGUCAUCACCAGUCUGCUGUUCUCCUUCUGCAUCUAUCAGUUCUAUUCGGCCAGUAUUGUGGGCACGCUGCUCAUGGAGAAGCCCAAGACAAUCAAAACAUUGAGCGAUUUGGUGCACAGUUCGCUGCGUGUGGGCAUGGAGGAUAUACUGUAUAAUAGGGAUUACUUUCUGAACACCAAAGAUCCAGUUUCCAUGGAGCUGUAUGCCAAGAAGAUCACCAGUGUGCCCACCACCAAAGAGAAUGAGGCCGAUGAGGAUGAGCCAGCAGAUGCCACACCAGCACCGGCACCAGUAGCAGCAGCAGCAGCCACAGCAGAUCCCGCCAAAUCCUAUAGAGAUAUUGUCCAUAGCCAUGAGACGGGCGCCCAUGCCAAGGAUAAUUCGGCCAGCAAUUGGAUGGAUCCGGAAACGGGUUUGCAUAGGGUCAAAAAUGAACGCUUUGCCUUUCAUGUGGAUGUGGCGGCUGCCUAUAAGAUCAUAGCGGAGACCUUCAGCGAACAGGAUAUAUGCGAUCUGACGGAAGUGAGCAUGUUUCCGCCCCAGAAGACGGUGUGCAUUAUGCAAAAGAAUUCACCCAUGAGAAAGGUCAUCUCGUAUGGCCUGCGACGUGUCACAGAGACGGGCAUACUCACAUAUCACUUCAAUGUGUGGCACUCGAGGAAACCGCCAUGUGUGAAGAAAAUUGAAACCUCCGAUUUGCAUGUCGAUAUGGAUACCGUAAGCUCUGCUCUGUUGAUACUGCUCUUCAGCUAUGGCAUAGCCCUCAUGAUUCUGGGCACGGAAAUACUCUAUUCCAAGUGGCACAGGCGCAUCGUCAUCAAGUUCAGUUGA